CUUUCCUUCACAGUAUUUCUUACAUACUCCCCUAAACCUCAAGCAUUAUCUACGACUACAAUGGUAGACCACGAAUCAUCUCUCUAUCCAUACUCCCCUUCAAAGCCCGCGGCCAUUUUCAGCAUGGUGAUUUUUUUAAUCCUACUUCUGAUACAUUUUGUAAAAUUGUCCAAGACCAAGACGUGGUUCGCUGUGCCCCUCGUCAUUGGCGCCGUCUUUGAGUCUUUAGGCUACGCAGCCCGUGCAUACGGCCACUCGCAUCCCUCCUCAAAGAACGCGUACAUCGUCCAAACCAUGCUCAUCCUACUCGCACCCAUACUCUUUGCAGCAACAAUCUACAUGUUCAUGGGCCGCCUCGUGCUCGCAUCUGGACACACCAAAGCCUCCAUCAUCCGGCCGACGUGGCUGACAAAGAUCUUUCUCGGUGGCGAUAUAUUGUGUUUCCUGGUGCAAGCGGCAGGCGCUAGUUUUCUGGUGAAGACUGAUGCUUCGCAGUCGACAAAGAAUCUGGGCAAGUACAUCAUACUUGCUGGUUUGGUCAUACAACUCAUCGUGUUUGGGUUCUUCUUGGUUGUUGCCGCUAUUUUCCACCUGAGAGCCGGGAAGGCUGAGAGGUUGGAAAUUGGAACAGUUAAGAUGUUCAACUGGCAGAAGUACAUGGUCACGCUGUACAUUGUUAGUGGUUUGGUAACAGUACGAAACAUAUUCCGCGUUGCUGAGUACGUCACGGGUGACCAGGGAUAUCUCUUGACACACGAAUGGCCGAUAUACAUCUUCGAUGCACUGCUCAUGGCUGCUGCACUCGCGAGUUGCACGUCCUGGUACGUUGGUGACAUCGUACAGAAAGCCUUCAAUGGCGAUGAAGAAGAUAGCGGUGUGACAGCGAUUGCCAUGUUUGCUCUCAACAUAGCAACCGCGAUGGGUAAAAACACCCCUCUGAUUCAGACAACCACCUCCCGAAAACCCGAGUAG